AUGUUUCUAGUUACUUGGCUACUACUACUCAUAACAACAAUAACUUCAGUGGCAAAUACUGCAAUAUCCGAUAUAAAUAUCAACAAUGAUGUGGUGAAUUUGAAAUUUCUCAAUCAAAAUUUAGAUUUAUGGAAACGAAGUAACACAACCGAUCCAAUAAUUCAAGGACAACUUCCUCCUUCUCCUCCUCCACCUUCAACUACAACUCCUAAACCAACCAUAGACAGUAUUGCCAAACCUUCAGAUAUCAACACCGGGUCAUCAAAUCUGGAAGAACUCCCAAGUACCAAAACUGAAGAUUUAUCAAUUGAAGUUACAGCACAAGGUAAACUUGAUAAUAAAAAGAAAUGGCAUGUAGGUGCAGGUCUUUAUUUUAAUAAAGAAAUUGAUUAUUAUUCCGUUGCUGAAAAGGAAGAAGGAAGUAGUUCAGAAUUUAGUGGAAGUGGUAGUGGAAGUUGUUCUGAUAGUGAAGAUGAAGGGAAAAAAGGAUGGUUCCGUUCAUUUGCAAUUGAUGGGUAUAAUAAUCAAAGAAAUAUCAUUCCAACUUCUGAAAUGGUUUCAAGAGCAAGUGGCCAAAGUCAUAAUUUAUAUACUGAAGAAAAUGAUGAUAUUAAAAAAGUAAAGGGGAAAUCAAUAUUAAGUAGACCACGAAAUAAAACUUAUACUUUACCAACAGAGGAAGAAACUAUCAAAAAACAACAACAAACUGAUACAUAUCUCUUAGGAUCAGAAAAGGAUGAUUAUUAUAGGUAUGAAGAUAAUGGGGAAAUAUCGCAAGCAAAUUCAAUCUAUCUAAUCUAUAAAUAUUGGAGAAGUUCACUAUGUAUUGUCUUUAUUUAUAUUCUCUUUUCUUAA